AUGUCUGCUUUCAGUUCCUCCACGCCUUCACUGGCCGCGGCCUCCAAUAAUAAUAGUACUGCUUCCAACGCCACUCUGGCUGGCAGCUUCUCAUCAUAUCCACUCUUGCUUCUGAAAGCUCCCUGGAACGCAAUCCAACAAGUUGAAGCCUUCUCCUUUGCUACGCUCCCACACAAUGCUGCGCGCUUUCUUGGUCUAAACAAUCUUAUUAGCUUUGGGCACGGAAGAGAAGGCGAUCUCGCAGCCGCAGCUGCGGCUACUGGGGCAAACCAUCUGGCUGAGGGGAUCGCAGACAAUGCUAUACCAGAAAGUCCGUUCAGCUUGACGGAUAUCUUGCAGACAAUGAGAAGAUUCAGCGGCUUUUUCAGUUACAUGACUAGCCGAUGGUCUUUGGCGUGCUUUUCCGUUGCUUUGAUCCUCAACCGUGUGACAAUAUAUGCAUCCUCGAGACGCCACAUUAGGCUUCAUUGGCAGAAACGCCUUGCUCUUCGUAUCGUACCGAUUAUUUUGUUUCUGGCCCAGAUCGUGAAUCUGUUGCGUGCAAUUCGAUGUCAAACGUCGCCGGAAUACCCUACCAUGAGAUACGGUCACUCGGAAAAACACUUCUCCUUCGAUCAUGCUGCCGGUGGUGGAUUUCUAUACUCUGUGAGCUCUACGCUAUUACCGUGGGAAUCAUAUUCAGACUCUUGUAGUGCAGUAGCUAUGAAUAGGCGACAAGGCAGUACGGAAAUUCCUCGUGGAUCAUUCAAUCUUCUGUGGUCGGUCUUCAUGAUUCUUUGUCUUAGCCAUUUCGUGGAGACACUCUCGUGUGCCCUGCAAGGUCGAACUGUCGUCACCGAGACUGGAAUGUCAAUUUUCGAACAUUCUCUUGCGUUUGCAGAGGCAGAAACAAUGGUCAGCCAGUCCAUAGGUCUGGGCAUAUUCGGAUUAGCAAAGCAUAGCUCGGCGAGAGAUGAUUUACCCCUGACAGGAGAUAAUGCAACAACCUUACACUUGCUCAGCCGCAAUCAAGUUUUGGAGAAGCUGAAUGUAACGCCAGAGUUAUUACUCAUAAUCCUCAUCUCAUGCUGCAAUAGUCUUUGCUCCAACGCUCUCGAUGUCCUUGGGAAGCAAAGCCGAUACAGACUGAUAAAUACAACUAUCUGGGGACUGUGUUACAUGGCAGCUAUGGCUUGGGGCUUCCUCGGUUCUUCGCCUCUCAGCGCUGACGCAGGGGUUCUCAAGUUCCCAACUGUUUGCAUCGUGGGUUUCGUUCCUCAUCUUCUAAUACUAGUGGGAAUUAUAGUCUGCCUUUGUAUAUAUGGACUCGCUAUUCUAAUCAGCGCAUUCUCUUUGCCGCCGGGAUUGCCAGAGCCAUCGUCAAUUCGUGAGCGGUUUGCGUUGGCUCACGAGAAUAUGCAAGGAUCAAGUCAGAUUCGCAAUGUGCGUCUCAAUAUGCAUGAAGACUUUUACACCACUUUACUACGCAUUGGGUAUACAGCCUUGACUGCUGCAAGCGAUGCUGUCUUCUUGAAUGAGGAACAAAGCGUAGUAGCUCGCCAGAGAACCUGGUUAGAGGAGGAUCGACUUGCCGAGAUUGAUGCUGCCCACGGAAGAGCGUCAACAAGUCCAAGAACUUGGGGCGGUACUCCCGGUGCUCGCUGGGAAAACGCAGCCAGCUUCAAGUUCGAGAUGCCUCUACCACAUGCAGAAAACUGGGAGAGUGGAUAUGGACGGGAACAAAAGAUUGAGAAAUUAAAAAGCGCUAAUCGCUCUCAUUCACGGGCCAGUCUCGGCGGCGUUGGUACAUUGCACGGCGCAAAUGACGGUGAACUGGAGCUACCAGAGGAUGAUGAAUUUGACGUGGAGAAGGAAAUGCGCAAGAGAGAGGCCUACAGCCAAUCGAACUGGGGGGAUACAGAUGAGACUCGCCUUGAUAACAAGCUCUACAGCUGGUGGACAGCCGGUGGAUCGUGGGGCAAUCAGGAUGAAACUGCCGAUUACAUGCCUUCAGAUGAUGGGCUUGAAGAUACCACCAGUGUGAUAUCGAUGCAAACCAAUGAUUCCGAAUGGGAGGAAUACGACAGCUCUGAUGGCCGUCGCACUCCCACACAGAAGGAACCUUUCCCUCGCACCUAUUCACGUGAAGGAACUCCAAUACUAGAGUCAUUAUUGGACACAUCCUCUCUUGCGCGCUUACUCGACCCUCGCGAUCAAGAAAGUAAGAAAGAAGCGCGCAUCCUCGCCGCGCAUCUCCUCGCCGAGAAAGAAGGCCGCAUAAUGACCCGCAGCCGCUUCCGUCUUCACAACGAGCGCGAGCGAGCACGCAUCCUCAUGCCCGUGCGCUACCACCACCGUUCUGCUACAUACAGCGACAACGGCGAUAGCAACAAUGAGAAAACUCGCCCGACAGCCGAAGAAGAAGCAGAAAUCCUCGAAAGACUAAUUCUCAAUCGCCGCCAAGACGCAGCCAUGCGAAGUCGAGAAGAAGCAGAAGAAGAAGCCACUCAAGAAUCGUGGCAAACCGGCGCUGCGGGCCUGGGGAGUGACGGUCCUCAAUGCGUGAUAUGCCAAACCAGUCCGCGUUCGAUAAUUACAUGGCCCUGUCGAUGUCUCUGCGUGUGCGAAGAUUGCAGAAUCAGUCUUGCCAUGAAUAAUUUUGGGACUUGCGUUACGUGUCGUCAGGAGGUCACUGGGUUUGUCAGGCUGUGGGUUCCUUGA